GGUAUAGAAAAACUAGACGCGAACUACGCCUAAAAGCGAGGUCGCUUCUGUGCCAUUUUCUCGUGGACGGGCAGUACAUAUUUUUUAGUCGACGCAAAAAUAGAGAGCAGGAAAUAUAACUUCUGCAAUUUAUCAAUUACAAACGAAGCUGUUACUGUUUGGACAUGCGAAUAUGGAUUAUUGCGUGAACCUAUAGUGUGCAAAGUGUAUCACAAAACGAUGUAAUAAUUCAUUCUCGUAUUUUAAUUCAAAUACAGAACACUGUAUGCACUCGUUCGUGGUAUGUUUUCUUUUGGGUUUGGGGGUCGCCGCCCCGAGCCACGCAACUCGACCGGAAGGAGGGGGGUCGGAAUGUGCCAGCGAGUGGUGGGAUUAGAUAAUACCAAUGGAUUGCCAUUGAAAUCCAAUCACAAUUGCGAGGUCUCCGAACCACCACCCGAAAGACAUUUUUAAGCCGGCUCCAUAACGAGACGUUACGGAGGAGUGCGACGGUGGGUGGUGGGUCUCUCCCCUAUUUCGUUUCGUGUCAGGAACUGGAAACACUGCGUUAACCAUACCAACUGCCAGUGAUCGUUGAAUAUCGUUUGACGGUGUCCGACAAUGACUACGAACCAAUAUAGCCGAUAGACUUUAACGAUGAUCAAAUACGUGCGACCACGCCUGGUGACAUUCGAUGUUACUGGUACGCUGCUCAUGACGCAACUGCAGUAUUACGCCGAAAUUGGACGUCAGCAUGGCCUAUUGAUCGAUCAACGGAAAUUGGCGCGAAGUUUCAAAAAUAGCUUGCGCAGGCUGAGCGUAGAGCAUCCUAUAUUUGGUAAACAUACGGGCAUCGGAUGGCAAAAUUGGUGGCGACUGGUUGUACACGACGUUUUUAAGGAUCAACAUAGUUAUAUUUCGGAGACUACCUUGGACAAGGUUGCUAGUACACUGAUAAAGUCCUACGGCACGAGUCUGUGCUGGCACAAGUAUCCAGGCACGAUCGAGAUACUCGAAUAUCUGCAGGGAAAGGGACUAAUCUUAGGGGUGAUAUCAAAUUUUGAUGAGAGAUUAGAAGCGAUACUUCUGGAGACCAAGAUACGUUCUUACUUUUCGUUCGUUUUGACGUCCUACGAUUUCGGCGUGGAGAAACCGGACACUCCGAUCUUCGACGAGGCGCUUAAAUUAACAAGAAAACAACAUAGCAUCAGCAUCGCUUCUCAGGAAGCGAUACAUAUCGGCGACUCCGUAAUCUAUGAUUAUGUAGGCGCGAAGAAUGCCAAUUGGAAUGCGAUUCUGAUUAAACACGAUAAUGACGAUACGAUCGAGAAAGAGGUUCCUAAAGAGGAUAUAUGCACGAAUCUUCAAGAACUGCAGCAGCUUCUCUCGACACGUCUUAGUAAGGAAAUUCAAUGUAAUAAGUAUGAGGAAUGAUCUUUUUAACCCUUUGCACUCGAGUGGUGGCUCUGAGGCACCGCUAAAAACUAUCGUAUCAAGUUCAAAAAUAAUG